GGGGGGGAUGCUGAGCCCGGGGGGAUGCUGAGCCCGGCUGCCCCCGGCUGCAGCCCCUCCGCCGCUCUUGCCAUGUGCCCGCUGGGGCGAUGGGUGCAGAUGUAUCCUGAUUUUAAGGGGAAAGGGAGCUGAACUGGUCGAGAGGUGUUAAGUUUCAGCGCCAGGGCUGCCCGUCCCUGCUGAGGGGGCUGCAGCGGCCAGCCCUCGGCAGCUCCUCGGCUCCCACUCGCCACAGCAGCCAUGCGGGUCCCUGGCUGCCCGUGGGCCAGCUGUGGGGCUGGCUGGGAGAGGAGGUGUUGGGAAGAUAGAUACAGGCUGGAGGGAGGUCUGCUGGCUGGGCAUGGGGAGAAAGCAAGUCGCACCGCUGGUGUUGAUACCCGUUUGCCUGCCAGUGGGGAAGUUGCUUAUUUUCCUGUUUCCCGUUGCGGGUGAAUACUGCCCCAUCCUGCAGCUCUCCCUGCCCGUGCUGAUCCCUGCCUGCCCGGGGAACAGGGCUGGCUUGCUGCCUGCCCUGAGGGGAAGAGGUCCAUGCCCGCAGGCUCAGCUAGCGCUACCCCAAAAGAAGCUGCGAACGCCAACGCAGUAGUGAUACCAUGGGCAGAAUGGAAACCAGGGAGAGUGAGAGACAGCAAAUACCCGGCCGACGCUGAGAGGGUUUUUCUGAGGGUGCAGAGAUAUACAACUGAAGCCGAUGGUUCAUAACACAAGAGCAGAGCAGCUGAUUUACAGGCCCUAGAGGAGAAAACCAGAAGAUAGUGGGUGGCUGGGGUUUGCCAAAACCAACUUGAUAGCCACAAUGGGAGUAAAGGCAUUUUAUGCAGAGAGAUAUGAAUGGCUUAGGUGCUCGAGGGCAGGCUGUCAGGGAGUGGGAAGGCUUGGACGGAUUUCCAGGAGAGGGGAUUUCUCUCUGCCAUGCUUGCAGGUCAAGGACUCAGUUUCCAGGAAGGGUCUCUGAACAAAGUCCCCGUGAAUGCUCUGCGAGAGGGACUUGGCAGCCUCUUGCCGGGCCCUUGCCAGUAGCUGUUGGGACUCCUGGGAUGGAGCAGAGCACAGGAUUUGUGCAGAAAACAAGGUCAGGUAUUUAGGGCCAUCAUUUGCAGGCACUGGCAGGCCACAGGGGAAACAAAACACGUAAGGAAUAGUAUGUUAGAGGAGCACCCAGCUGGGUGGCUGCAACAUGUCAGGUGUACACCAGGGCGGCUUGGAGCAGAGCCAUGCUCGUGCUGCCUCCUGUGUUUCUGGAGCACCCUUUCCCAUGGCUGCUAAAUGCUCCUGCUGCAGACAGACAGACGGACGUUUCCCUCCCGCCCGCAGGGCAUCGGCUCUGCAAGUCAGCCGGCUGUCACAGGAGGAAAGAAAAUAGCACCUGCCUUACUAGGUCAUGUUCAAGGAGCUGCAGGCAUGGAAGAAUGGCUUUAGCUUGCGCCACUUGCCGGUGGCUGGCCUUUAGUUGAAGCGGUCUGGCUGGCACGGGGAGGCUGUGCCAUCCGGCAAGGGUGCUGCGGCAGUGCUGCGCUCCGGGCAGGGAGCUGGUGCUGCUCUGGGAGGUGCGUCACAGUCAGGUUGCUGCUUUUUCCCCCCGUUCCCAGCCAUGCUCAGAGAAUCCUUCCUGAGCCCUAGGAAGGUCCGAAGACAGGGAGGAAUUAGCCCAGCAAAGAGGGGUCCAGGCCAGACGCACUGGGUACCACAGAGCAGGGAUGCUGCUGACGGCAGGAGGGGAAGUGGAUCCCCUUCUGGGAUGUGUGUGGGAUAAAAGCCGAGUGUGCUACACUCCCAGGGGAAACCCAGAGUCCUGUAAGGCCUGAAGGGCACUGCAGCUUGGCACAGCAGGCUGGACUUACCUUGAGAGCAGGUCUGAGGUUGCCACAGGCUCUUCUAGGAACAAGGCAGCGGGCAACGACUCUCCAGCUCUGCUCAACAAGGAAGGUGGGCUUCCUCUAACAUGCACUGUGCGAGCAUGCAGGCAUACGGCCAGCAAUCUCCCAAGUGAGCCGGGGCUGUGCGGGCUGGGUAGACACAGGCGCGCGACCCCAUGACGGUCCUUAGUCAUGCUGUUUGCUGCAACAAGUGGAAGUGUCUGGGGCAGCGCUGAGUGAGCUGUGAAAACCCCUCUAGAGGGGAUGGGGCUGACGGCACUGGAGAAGGGGAGCUGUUCUGUUCAAGGGCACAGGCUGUUCUUCUCCAGCAUCUUCAGGCCUGGGCUCCCCCAGCCAGGCUCAGUGGUAGGGUUCAAGGUGGCUGUUGCCAGCGUGCUGGGGAAGGAUGUUUGUCCCCUCCUUCACCUCUCUGGGAAACAGUUGCCAGCAGAUGAGGUGGCUGGCUGGUGGUGGCCGGCUGAGGAUGCCUAGGCGGGAUCCCAACAGCAGGCAGCACGUGCUGCUUCCUGCAGGCCAGCCUGGGGUUGUGUCCAUGCUCCCAGGGCGUGGACGUGGCUGGGCUCACACGGCAGGCCAUCCGGGGAAAACCUCAGGCCUAGGGGGACAGGGCAGCCCCUUUGGAGGACUUGAGUGGCUGGAAAAUCUCCUUGAAAAGGCUCUUUUCAGCUUCUGAAUAAUAUGAGUCACGCACGGGUUGAACAAUCCCCUUCCUUCCCCUCUUCUCCCACACAGCCAAAAUCCCCUGAGCGGGACCUGCAGCAACCACUGAUUCAGAAAUUCAUGGUAUGAGGGUACCGUGGAGUCAGAUACGGGGUUUUUUCUUUCUUUUUUUUUUUCCUUUCCAUUGCUUAGUGAGAAGAAAUGUGGAGCAAGAGAGCGUGCCUGGAGGCUCUGCUCUGAUCCUGCCCCUUUGCUAGAAGUCUCUGGUGGUUUCCCACAGUUGGGCAGACCUUGACCUCGUCGGGACCCCCGGCUGCGGUAGCCUGCAGUCCCCAUAGCGAUGCUGGGGCUGGACGGGUUGCUGAGACCAGCCUCUUCCUCCCCGGCCGGCGGCCGGCCCCGCGCAGAUAUGGACGAGCAAUUCCAGCCCUGCCUGGAUGGGAUUGACUACGACUUCAAUUUCAGCUCCCACAUGAUGGAGCAGAAGGAGCCCCUGAUGGAGACGGUGGAAGGUCCCUACCUUGUCAUCAUCGAGCAGCCAAAGCAGCGGGGAUUCCGGUUUCGGUAUGGCUGCGAGGGCCCUUCGCAUGGGGGGCUGCCGGGAGCAUCCAGCGAGAAGGGGCGCAAGACCUACCCCACCGUUAAGAUCUGCAACUUCACGGGGAUGGCCCGGAUCGAGGUGGACCUGGUGACACACAGCGACCCUCCCCGCGUGCAUGCCCACAGCCUGGUGGGCAAGCAGUGCAAUGAGGCUGGCAACUGCGUCGCGAUCGUGGGACCCAAGGACAUGACGGCUCAGUUCAGCAACUUGGGUGUGCUCCACGUCACCAAGAAGAACAUGAUGGAGAUCAUGAAGGAAAAGCUGAAGCAGCAGAAGAUGCGCAACAGGAGCCAUCAGCUGACGGAAGCGGAGCUGCGUGAGAUUGAACUGGAGGCAAAGGAGCUGAAGAAGGUGAUGGACCUGAGCAUCGUGCGGUUGCGCUUCACUGCCUACCUCCGUGACAGCAGCGGGAACUUCACGCUGGCCCUCCAGCCCGUCAUCUCCGACCCCAUCCACGAUAGCAAGUCUCCGGGAGCUUCCAACCUGAAGAUCUCACGGAUGGAUAAGACGGCAGGCUCAGUGCGGGGAGGGGACGAAGUCUACUUGCUGUGUGAUAAAGUUCAGAAAGAUGACAUCGAGGUGCGUUUCUAUGAGGAUGAUGAGAAUGGCUGGCAGGCCUUCGGGGACUUCUCUCCGACUGAUGUGCACAAGCAGUAUGCCAUCGUCUUCCGCACGCCCCCCUACCACAAGCCCAAGAUCGACCGUCCCGUCACCGUCUUCCUGCAGCUGAAGCGGAAGCGGGGGGGCGACGUGAGCGAGUCCAAGCAGUUCACCUACUACCCCGUGGUGGAAGAUAAGGAAGAAGUGGAGAGGAAGCGCAAGAAAGUCCUGCCUCAGUUUCCCCAGCACUUUGGCGGGGGCUCGCACAUGGGGGGUGCCGGUGGGGGGGCUGGGGGCUUCGGCUCUGGAGGAGGUGAGUGGGGAUGCCUCUUCCCCCUCCCUGCUUGGGCUGCCAUGGCCCGGUCCUGGGGUCUCCCCGCUCCCCUCUGGCCUCACCCGGCCCCCCCUUGCUUCACAGGCGGGAACCUUAGCUUCCCCUACUCCCCCGGGCUGGCCUACAACAGCAUCUACUCGCCCGGCCCCCACCCUGUGGGGGGCUACCAGGGGGGUGUGCAGAUGAAAGGCCCCGAGAUGGAGGGUCCCGGGAGCGACAGGCAGGCGCCUGCGGAGAGCACCUACUGCAAGGAGCUGCAGAAGCAGGCUCAGCUCUACCAGCUGUGGAUGCUGGCGCUGGCCCGUCGCAAUGCCCAUGCCCUGCUCGACUACUCCAUCACGGCCGACCCCCGCAUGCUGCUGGCCGUCCAGAGGCAUCUGGCUGCCUCGCAGGACGAGAAUGGAGACACGCCUUUGCACCUUGCUAUUAUCCAUGAGCAGACAGCUGUGAUCAAGCAGCUGAUCGAGGUCAUUGUCAGCAUCCCCAGCCAGCAGAUCAUCAACAUCUCCAACAACCUGCAGCAGACGCCGCUGCAUCUGGCAGUCAUCACCAAGCAGCCCCAAGUGGUCCAGCUCCUGCUGCAAGCCCGUGCCGACCCCACCUUGCUGGACCGCUACGGCAAUUCCUUGCUGCACCUGGCGCUCCAGGCUGGCGAUGAAGAGAUGCUGAAGACGCUUUUGGCCCACCUGGGCUCGGCUGCCCCUUACCUACUCCAUCUGCCCAAUUUCCAUGGCCUCCUGCCUGUGCAUUUGGCCGUGAAGGCAAAGAGUUUGGCCUGCCUGGACCUGCUGGUCAGGAUGGGAGCGGACGUGAACGCGGUGGAGAGGCAGGGUGGGAGGACCCCACUGCACCUUGCCGUGGAGAUGGAGAACCUGAACAUGGCCACCCACCUGGUGAAGAAGCUGGGAGCAGAUGUCAACAGCCAGACCUUCGCUGGGAAUACCCCCCUGCACCUGGCUGCCGGCCUGGGCUCCCCCACUCUCACCAAACUGCUCCUCAAAGCUGGGGCAGAUAUGCUGUGCGAGAACGACGAGCCCGUGAGCCCAUCCUCGUCGGAGGCCAGCAGUGACACAGAUGUUGACCCUGAGGAGCAGGAGCUGGCCAUGGAGCUGGGGGAGCCAGCCCCGGCCAUGGAGUGCGGCACCAGUCCCGAGCGCCCCACGCAGGGGCAUGGGCAGGCAGGGCACAGGCAGCGCCGCUGCCACACGCCCCUGGACCUGACUCGGAGCCAGAAGGUGCGGGAGAUCCUGCUGCAGGCCUCCCAGCAGGGCCCUGAGGCAGAGCUGCCCACUGCCCCCCGGCCAGGGAACGUUCUGUCGCUGGACAAUGAGGUGCUGCAGGGGCUGGAGCAGCUGCUGAACCAGGACUGCAGUGGGUCAGACUGGAUUGAGCUGGCCAAGCGCCUGGGGCUCUGCAGCCUGGUGGAGACCUACAAGGACACCCCCUCGCCCAGCGUCAGCCUCCUGCGCAGUUACGAGCUGGCAGGGGGCAGCCUGGGGGGGCUGCUGGAAGCGCUGGACUCCAUGGGGCUCCACAAGGCUGUGAGGAUGCUCCACAAAACCGAGGCGCUGGAGAAGCUGCAAAGCACAGAGCUGAAGGAAGACAGUGCCUACGGCAGCGAGUCGGUGGAGGAAGAGCAGGCGCCUGCGCUGGCCCUGAAGCCAGGGCGGGGGGGUGAGCUGCCCCACAGCCAGCAGCCACAGGUGCACUGAGGGGCCAGCAGCCCCUAGACCUGCCUGGGGCUGGAGGGUGGCCACGUCGUCCCCCACUCUGCCCUGACCACACAAGUGCCUUCCGGACUUGGGGUCCGGCUGCCUGGACUUGGGGGGAUGGGACGCAGCCAGCUCCUGCCCCUCUCUGCUCUUAUUUAAUGGUGUCCCUCUUCUGAAUAAAGGGACGCAGUUUCCAUUAGCCUUUGCCCUCCGUCUCUCCAGUCCCGGCCCUGAGCUGGUGGGCAGUAAUCCCCGCUGAGCCCUGCCUGGGGCUGGGAGUCUGGCAGCAAGGAGGCAGCUGCCAGUCCCUCCUCAGCAUCCCUCCAUGCCAGGGCUGUCCCCAGCCAUGGGGGAGAAACCACAGCGCGCA